AUGCGCCGCGUCGCUUCGGUCCUCCUCCUCUGCACUGCUGUGCGAGGAGCGUGGUUUGGCGGGCCGGCACACGUGCACUCGCGCCCGUCAGCGAUCCAGUUCUGGGCGCUCGAUGUGAGCGCGGGUGCCGGGUCGCUCUCGUCGCCGGUGCGCAACGAGCACUACCGGAACGCGUCGCGGGCAAUCGUGCUCGGCGAGCGGUAUGGGUCAAGGCUGGCGACCGGGCUGCCGCGCUGGCUGCUCCUCUCGGUCGUGGGCAUCUCCUCGCGAGAGCUGACGAGCCGCGACGUGCGAGACCGGCUGGUGCCGGCGCUGUACGAGAGCCGCGACGCGCAGGAGAAGGCGGCCUCGACCGCCGAGCGCCUCCGGCGCAACCUCGACGACCGCGUGAGCCGUAUCAUCCGCGGCGUGACCACGCGCCGGCCGGGCGAGGCGGCGCUGAGCACCCAGGCGAUCCUCGACAAGUUCCUGCAGGAGGAGCGGGAGGAGCUGCAGGCGUCGAUGGGGUCGGUGCAGGACGUGGUCGAGAACGAGCUGACCCGGGCCCUCACCGAGGUCCUCCAGCUCGAGCUCGCCGAGCGGCUCGAGAAGACGGCCUCGGCGGCGGUCCAGCUCAACGUGUCGCUGGUCGUGCUGCGCAGCCCGCGCCUCGCCUCUUCGCGGCUCGAGAGGUGGACUUCGCUCGUCCUCGCGCCGUGGGCCGACCGUUGGCUCGAGGCGAACGGCGAGCGGUGGGCGGCGCUACAGAGCCGGCUGCUGCAGCGCGACUACGCGCCCGAGGCGCUCGCUCGAGCCGCGACGCGUCGUCGCUGUGGAGUGCGUCUCCUCACCCUCGCGUUUGGCCGUGCUCAGGCGCUCUCCUUCCCCGAGGCUUUCUCUCGCCUCACCGGCUCUCCUCCUCCGGCGGAGCUGCUGCGCGCACUGCCGGUGCUGCAGAGGCAGCAGGUGCUGCUGCCGGCGCGCGACUUGGCCCGCAAGACGAGCGGGUGGCUCGACAAGGCGUCCGCUUGGCUGCUCGCGAUGGCGGGGUCUGUCGAGCGACUCGAGCCGGCGGCCGCGGAGCCCGAGGAGAGCGGCGCAGAGGAGGAGGAGGGGGAGGGCGGGCCGGCGCGGUUCCCGAAAGCGAUGCGAGGCUGGCUCGAGGAGCGGCGCGCCUCGCUGCGGCGCUUUCGACGGCGGUGGUGGCCGAGUCACCCACGGCAGCGGCACGCGCGGAGGGACGGCGACGGGUCGCAGCGGCGAGGAGUAAAACGCGGUGAGGGGGAGGGCUCAGCCGAAACAAGUUUUCGGCACCAGCAGGCGGUGGCGGUGCCAGUGGUGGAGGCGACCGCGAGAACUGAGGAGGAGGGGUCGUAG